GAUGAAAGCAAUGCACAUUCGCCCAAUGCCCACCACCCCCACCCCCACCACCUCAUAUGCACGACUCUCUACACACCCAUUGCACCACUCUCAUCAAUCCAUUCUUCUUCUUCUUCUUCUCUUCUUCUCCUUCUUCUCUGUAACUAAGCAAUGUCAGAGAUCACAGUUGCUGACCCCAUUCAUGAAACCAACACAACCAGAGCUCUCACAACCUCUACUUCCACUAGCCAUGAUACUUCCCCUGAGCCUUUUGACAGUGAGCGAGUUCCUGUCACCCUAGGAACUGAUAUUCGUAGCUUUCUUCGUGUUGCCAACCGGGUUGAACCCCAUGACCCUCGUAUUGCUUAUCUCUGCCGUGUUCAUGCUUUUGAAAUGGCACAUAUCAAGGAUACCUAUUCAACUGGACGGGGCGUUCGGCAAUUUAAAACUGCUCUCCUUCAGCGGCUUGAACAGGAUGAAGUAACUACUAUUGCAAAAAGGAAAGAAAAGUCUGAUCUAGGUGAACUUCGACGCGUUCAUCGUCAUUAUAAGAACAUUAUUGACCAACGUAGUGAUUCAUGGGAUUUAGAAAAUAGUCACAAAGAGAAGUUGACAAAUGCUCGUGAAAUUGCUCCCGUUUUGUAUGAAGUACUACAGAGAUUUACAAAUGCAGCUUGUCCUCAGGGCCUUGCGGAGACUGACAUAUUUGUACCCUACAAUAUUCUUCCACUUGAUCAUCAAGGCAAUCAGCAAGAAAUUAUGCGACUCCCUGAGAUAAAAGCUGCCCUUACUGCUCUUCGCAAUAUCCGUGGUUUACCUGUAAUGCAAGAUCUUCAAAAACCUGGAGCUGCUGUGGAUUUGUUUGAUUGCCUUCAGUGUUGGUUUGGAUUCCAGGAAGGGAAUGUAGCCAACCAGCGGGAGCAUUUGAUUCUCCUCCUUGCUAACACCCAUAUUCGCCAAGCUUCUAAGGAGACAUUUGAGCUAAAGUUAGGGGAUGGAGCUGUGGAUGAACUGAUGAAGAAGUUCUUUAAAAACUAUACAAAUUGGUGCAAAUUUUUGGGGAGGAAAAGAAACAUCCGGUUGCCUUAUGUAAAACAGGAUGCUCAACAAUAUAAAAUUCUAUAUAUAGGGCUUUAUCUGCUUAUAUGGGGAGAGGCUGCAAAUUUGCGGUUUAUGCCAGAAUGUCUCUGUUACAUUUUUCACCACAUGGCAUAUGAAUUACAUGGAAUGUUAACUGGUGCUGUUAGCUCGACAACUUGGGAAAAGGUCUUGCCAGCGUAUGGAGGACAACCUGAAUCUUUCCUUAACAAUGUAGUUACCCCUAUAUAUAGGGUUAUAUAUAAGGAAGCAGAGAAAAACAAAAGUGGGAUGGCUGACCAUUCCACAUGGAGAAACUAUGAUGAUCUGAACGAGUAUUUCUGGUCUCCUGAUUGUUUCCAAAUAGGUUGGCCCAUGCGUCUGGACCAUGAUUUCUUCUGCAUGCAUCCUUCAGAUAAUAGCAAAGGCAUUAAAUCUCGCGGCACUGUAGAAGCAAAGGAGGAGAGAGAAGGACAUGAAGAUGAAGAGAUGGGAUUAAAGAGUGAAGGAAAUGAAGAUGAAGACACUGGGGUUACCAUGGAGGAAGUUCGGGAACAAAAAUGGUUAGGGAAGACAAAUUUUGUAGAGACCCGUUCAUUUUGGCAGAUUUUUAGGAGCUUUGAUAGAAUGUGGAGUUUUUUUAUUCUAUCCCUACAGGCAUUGAUAAUUAUGGCAUGUCAUGAUAUGGAAUCUCCAUUUCAAAUGUUUGAUGCAAUAGUAUUUGAGGAUGUUAUGAGCAUCUUCAUUACAUCUGCAAUUCUUAAAGUCUUACAAGCAAUUCUUGACAUUGCCUUUACAUGGAAAGCCAGACACACAAUGGACUUCUAUCAAAGGCUAAAAUAUGUGCUGAAGCUGGUUGUAGCAAUGAUAUGGACUAUUGUUCUCCCAGUUUGUUAUGCUGAUUCUAGAAGAAAACAUACUUGUCAUUCAACAGAAUAUGGGAGCUGGCCUGGAGAGUGGUGUAUUUCUUCCUACAUGGUGGCUGUUGCAUUUUACUUAAUGACUAAUGCAGUUGAGAUGGUGUUAUUUCUUGUUCCUACAGUUAGCAAAUACAUUGAGAUCUCAAAUUUUCAGCUAUGCAUGAUUUUAUCUUGGUGGACACAGCCUAGAUUAUUUGUUGGACGUGGGAUGCAAGAAGGCUUAGUUUCAAUUAUUAAGUAUACGUUAUUUUGGUUGCUACUAUUAUCAAGCAAAUUUUCAUUUAGCUACACAUUUGAGAUAAAACCACUUAUAGGGCCAACAAGGCAAAUUAUGAAAAUUGGUGUAAAAGAAUAUGAUUGGCAUGAGCUUUUCCCAAAAGUCAAGAGUAAUGCUGGUGCAAUUGUGGCUAUCUGGUCUCCCAUAAUACUUGUGUUCUUCAUGGACACACAGAUUUGGUAUUCUGUUUUUUGCACAAUCUUUGGUGGAGUGUAUGGCAUUUUGCAUCAUCUUGGCGAGAUUCGGACAUUGGGAACACUGAGAAGUAGAUUCCACUCUUUGCCUUCUGCAUUUAAUGUUUGCCUCAUCCCGUCCUCAUUGAGAAAUGAUCAAGCAAGAAAAGGAAGAGCUUUCUUCCCCAAGAAAUUUCAAAAGGAGUCGGAAACUGAAAAGAAUAGUGUUGCUAAGUUUGUUCAAGUAUGGAAUCAAAUCAUUGCUAGUUUUCGGCUAGAAGACUUAAUAAAUAACAGGGAAUUAGAUUUGAUGACAAUUCCUUUGACACCGGAAUUAUUUUCUGGCCUGGUUCGUUGGCCAGUGUUCCUCCUAGCAAAUAAGUUUUCAACAGCAUUGAACAUGGCAAGAGAUUUUGAGGGAAAGGAUGAAUAUCUUUUCAGAAAGAUUCGAAAAGAUCACCACAUGUAUUGUGCUGUAAAGGAGUGCUAUGAGUCACUGAAGUUAAUACUUGAAACUCUUGUUGUGGGUGAUAAGGAGAAAAGGAUUGUUUUUGGCAUACUGAAUGCUGUUGAAGAAAGCAUUGAAAGAUUAAGUCUUCUUGAGGACUUCCAGAUGAGUGAGCUCCCAACUCUUCAUGCUAAGUGUAUCGAGUUAGUGGAACUUCUGGUUGAGGGAAAUAAACACCAUUAUGGUAAAGUUGUGAAAGUACUCCAAGAUAUCUUUGAGGUUGUGACCCACGAUAUGAUGACAGAUAGUUCCAGAAUAUUAGAUUUGCUCUACUCUUCUGAACAAAUUGAGGGAGAUACAAUGCAUAUCUCUGGAUUUCCAGAACCCCAAUUGUUUGCAUCAAAUCAUGGCCAACAGUCUAUCAAAUUUCCAUUUCCAGAUAAUGCCUCUCUACACAAACAGAUCAAGCGUUUCCAUUUGUUGCUGACUGUUGAGGAUACAGCAACAGACAUGCCAGUAAAUUUAGAGGCUCGUAGGCGUAUAUCAUUCUUUGCCACUUCGCUUUUCAUGGAUAUGCCUAAUGCUCCUAAAGUACGGAAUAUGAUGUCAUUCAGUGUUAUGACUCCAUACUACAUGGAAGAAGUUAAUUUCUCAACGGAGGAUCUUCAUUCAAGUGAAGAGGAGGUUCCCAUCAUGUUUUAUAUGUCAGUGAUAUAUCCAGAUGAGUGGAAAAACUUUUUGGAACGCAUGGAGUGUGAAGACUUGGAUGGAUUAAGAUCAACAGGGAAGGAGGAAGAGCUUAGAAAUUGGGCUUCUUUCCGAGGGCAAACACUAAGCAGAACAGUAAGAGGAAUGAUGUACUAUAGGAAAGCCUUAAAAUUACAAGCUUUUCUUGACAUGGCAGAGGAUGAAGAUCUUCUUCAAAGUUAUGAUGUUGUUGAAAGGGGGAAUAGCACAUUAUCAGCUCAUCUAGAUGCACUUGCAGACAUGAAAUUUACUUAUGUGAUUUCUUGCCAAAUGUUUGGAUCACAAAAGGCUUCCGGAGACCCCCAUGCACAAGGCAUACUUGACUUGAUGAUAAGGUACCCAUCUCUACGUGUUGCUUAUGUUGAGGAGAAAGAGGAGACUGUGGAAGAUAAGAUUCACAAGGUUUAUUCAUCCAUAUUGGUUAAAGCUGUCAAUGGUUAUGAUCAGGAGGUGUAUCGAAUAAAGCUUCCUGGUCCACCGAAUAUAGGAGAAGGGAAGCCUGAGAAUCAAAAUCAUGGGAUAAUUUUCACACGGGGUGAAGCGCUUCAAACAAUUGAUAUGAAUCAAGAUAACUAUUUGGAAGAAGCUUUCAAAAUAAGAAAUGUUCUACAAGAGUUUCUUCGACACCAAAGACAAAAGCCUCCCACGAUUCUUGGUUUGAGGGAACACAUAUUCACUGGAAGUGUUUCGUCUCUGGCAUGGUUCAUGUCUUAUCAAGAGACGAGUUUUGUCACCAUUGGCCAAAGGCUUCUAGCCAAUCCUCUCAGGGUGCGGUUUCACUAUGGACAUCCAGAUUUAUUUGAUAGGAUGUUUCACAUAACAAGAGGUGGCAUAAGCAAAGCAUCAAAAACAAUUAACUUGAGUGAGGAUGUUUUCGCUGGAUUUAACUCUACCUUACGACGGGGAUAUGUUACAUACCAUGAAUACCUGCAAGUAGGCAAAGGUCGUGAUGUAUGCCUAAACCAAAUCUCAAAGUUUGAAGCCAAAGUAGCCAAUGGAAACAGUGAACAAACAUUGAGCCGUGACAUUUACCGCCUUGCACGUCGGUUUGAUUUCUUUAGGAUGUUGUCUUGUUACUUCACAACCAUUGGAUUUUACUUCAACAGUCUGAUAUCAGUAAUUGGAAUUUAUGUAUUCCUCUAUGGGCAGCUUUAUCUUGUUCUUAGUGGGCUAGAGAAAGCACUACUUCUUCAAGCUAAAAUGCAGAACAUAAAAUCUUUGGAAACAGCUCUAGCUUCCCAGUCAUUUAUCCAGCUUGGACUCUUAACAGGCUUACCAAUGGUGAUGGAGAUUGGACUAGAAAAAGGAUUUCUUACAGCUGUAAAAGAUUUUGUCCUAAUGCAAUUUCAGCUUGCUGCUGUUUUCUUCACUUUCUCCCUUGGAACAAAAGCUCACUAUUAUGGCCGCACUAUUCUUCAUGGAGGUGCUAAGUACCGACCCACUGGCCGUAAAGUUGUGGUGUUUCAUGCCAGUUUCACAGAGAAUUAUAGACUAUAUUCACGAAGCCACUUUGUGAAAGGAUUUGAACUACUACUCCUGUUGAUUGUUUAUGAUUUGUUUAGGCGGUCAUACCAAAGCAGUAUGGCUUAUGUUCUAAUCACUUAUUCCAUCUGGUUCAUGUCCAUCACGUGGCUGUUUGCACCAUUUCUGUUUAAUCCUUCUGGAUUCAACUGGGGCAAUAUAGUAGAUGACUGGAAAGAUUGGAACAAGUGGAUAAAGCAGCAAGGCGGUAUAGGAAUUCAGCAGGACAAAAGCUGGGAAUCAUGGUGGAACGACGAGCAAGCCCAUCUCCGUCAUUCAGGAUUGAUCGCUAGAUUGAUUGAGAUACUUCUUUCUCUUCGGUUUUUUAUUUAUCAGUAUGGUCUGGUCUAUCACCUUGACAUCUCACAAGACAACAAAAAUUUUCUGGUCUAUGUGCUUUCAUGGGUCGUGAUUUUUGCAAUUUUCCUCUUAGUCCAGGCAGUGAAAUUGGGAAGACAACAGUUCAGUGCUAAUUAUCACCUCAUAUUCAGACUAUUUAAAGCAUGCCUUUUCUUGGGUGUUCUUGCUACUAUAAUUUCUCUCUCUGGCAUCUGCCAACUAUCUUUGAUGGACUUACUUGUCUGCUGUCUAGCAUUUUUGCCCACUGGGUGGGGUUUGAUACUGGUAAUUAAGUUUAUCUCUCUCUCUCUCUCUCUCUCUCUCUCUCUCUCUCUCUCUCUUCCUCUUAAGAAUCUCUUACUGAUAUUUGGGUUUGUUCAGAUUGCACAAGCUGUGAGGCCCAAGAUACAGGAUACUGGAUUGUGGGAGUUGACGAGGGUGCUUGCUCAAGCUUAUGACUAUGGAAUGGGUGCAGUUCUUUUUGCACCCAUAGCUUGUCUUGCCUGGAUGCCAAUUAUAGCAGCCUUCCAAACUCGUUUUCUUUUCAACGAGGCUUUCAAAAGGCGAUUGCAGAUUCAACCAAUUCUUGCGGGAAAAAAGAAGCAAAGUUAAUUUCCUCAGAGUCAGCAGCGAUGUAUGUACGUAGUACAUGUACAGUCAAAUCAUUCUUAUCGGUCCUCAUUUUGAAAUUGGCAUACCUUAAAGCUAAUUAAUGUAUAUAAACAUCCUAUUAAUAAAAAUAAAAUUGAAAUUCAGAA